AUGACACCAAACGAAGACUUCGGCUUCUUGCGGUCUCCCAGUAACGACAACGAAGACUGUGAACAGGUCUACCGUGCUCCCUCCUACUACAACCCCCUUGAAACUUUCAAAUUACCCCUCGGCGGCGAACGACACUAUAAGCAGCAAUAUGGCGACAUGUACUUCUUGCGCCUGGCGAGGCUGAAGCCCGCCGUGGAAGAAGUCGCCAUAGCAGCCUGGGAUGGACUUACCAUCGCUGGAGAGCAUGCGCGUCGCGUGGAUCGAGUCCUGGAUGUGCGACAGGGAGAGCUGUGCUGGAUGGCCGGCACCGUGUAUAUGGAUAUGCCAUUGAAGCCCAAUAUUCUGAACUUCACAUCCGCACCCGCGCCGCGUUCCACCUACACCGAUCCUUCAGAUCCGUCCUCCACCCAGAUCAUGCUGGAAGAUGAGUCCGGCCGUCUUCGUCUUACUGGAACAUUCCUUUCUGCUACACAUUUGGUCACAGGCGCCAUUAUUGCGGUUCUCGGGACGGAGAACUCGAACGGAGACUUCGAGGUGAUCGAUAUCAAGGUUCCGGACCUGCCUCUGCAGCCUCCGCGGUGGGAGAGGGAUGGUGGUGCUCCAACAAAUACACAAGUCAAAGGCUCAGCGGAGGGAGGUGGCAAGAUUGCCUUUGUCAGUGGACUUGGUAUCACUGGUACAUCAAGCGACACGCUAUCCUUGGAGCUGUUAACGGAUUAUCUUCUGGGAUAUACGGGUUUGGGAAGUGCACAGAAUGGAAUUUCAGCAAAUGCUUCAAAAAUCACACGACUUGUCAUUGCAGGCAACUCACUCGGUGCCCCUGUGACCAUAGAUCCCGCCCCAGGUUCCAAGCCUGUGCAAAAGAAAUACGGAUACGACGCCUCUGCAUACAAUGCCCUGCCCAUCACACAACUCGACAAUUUCCUGGCCGAGAUCCUUCCCAGUAUUCCUGUGACCCUCAUGCCCGGCGAUCAAGACCCAGCGAACUUCUCUCUUCCUCAACAGGGAAUCCAUCGGGCCAUGUUCCCGCAAGCCAGAGCUUACUGCGCGCCUCCAGUACCCGGGGACGACAAGCAAGAGCCGGGUUGGUUCGACAGCGUCACAAACCCAUGGGAGGGUGAUGUGGAAGGAUGGCGCCUAUGGGGCUGCAGUGGACAGAACGUCGACGACGUAUUGCGAUAUUUGGAUUUCGCCGGAGAUGAUGAAAACUCCGAAACUGAUAACUCUGAAGCUCGAAUGCGGGUCAUGGAAGCUAUGCUCCGCUGGCGAUGCGGUGUUCCCACGGCGCCGGAUACACUUUGGUCUUACCCCUUCCAAGAAGUCGACCCGUUCGUGCUCGAGGCUUGCCCGCACAUCUUUUUCGCAGGCAGCCAGCCAAGCUUCAAGACGACCCUGAUCGAAGACAUCAUCCCGCUUCGUCUGGAUGGUGGUGAUACCGAAAUGACCGACACCGGGAAUAACUCACCAACCCGAGUACGAGUACUGUCAAUCCCGCGUUUCCAGAAAACCGGAGAACUAGUUCUAGUCGAUACGGAAACUCUAGAAGUUGAGGUGGUCCGAUUUGGUACUUUUGCCGGACAAGAGGAGAAAAAAUAG